AUGAGAACACUCUCAGUGCCGCGUGUGACGCUGGCGCUCCUGAUCGCACUCUUAUCAUGUCCCUCCGCUUUCGCUGGCAGCAGCAACAACAACGGGAAUGGGAACGGCAAUAAGGCUUCCCCUCCACCCCCUCCAGUGACUGCGAGCCUUCCACCAAGCCCUCCGCCGCCGAGCCCUCCACCCCCUGGCACAGUCACUCUGUCGCCCGCAGGACAGAACAACAAGAACGGAAACGGAAAUGGCGUGAGCGCCGCUGUCAUAGAUUGGUACAACGACCAGGAGUACCCAACGUGUCCUCUCCAAGACUGCCCGCCGCUCAAGUUUUUCUGCUCUGGAGGCAUGUGCAAUGACACUGCUGGGAUCCUAGGUCGCUGGAGGCUUCCGGUGCAAUCGUCGCUCCAAUGCCCUCCAGGCAGCAGCAACCCGAAACCAAACAACCAGUGGUGCAUAGAAAAUCUCACCGUCUCGGAGUGCUGCGCUGCGUGCUCUAACAGCGCCAUGCCCUGCCGCCUCUGGCAGCACUAUAUCGGAACGAUAAAUCCUUCGGGCAAGUGUCUCAAGUGCGGCAUCUGCUGGCUGUACCCUCCUGCCCGCUAUCGUGCCUCCAUGUCUGAACAAUCAGGGUUUCCUACGACCGCCGUUGCUGCAUGCCAUGCAUCUGCGGUGUUGCUCGCAGGUCUCGUGACCUUCUGGGUCGUCGGCUUUCAGGGUGGAGCAGGCUGGGACUCGCAAAAGCCUGACACCCUUUUCAAUUACCAUCCUCUCUUUAUGAUCGUGGGCUUUGUGGUUGUGUUCGGCGAAGGCAUCCUUGCGUACCGCCUCCUUCCGCUGUCAAGGCCGGCCAGAAAGGUUGCCCACUUGGUCAUUAACGGGGUUGCGCUGCUGCUAGCGUUGGUGGGAGUGUGGGCAGUGUUCAAGUUCCACGGCCUCAAGUCUAUCCCUGACCUUUACAGCCUCCACUCUUGGUGUGGCAUGGGGGUUCUCGUCCUCUUUGCGCUUCAGUGGUUGUCUGGCUUCUACGCAUUCUUCUAUCCAACCACAUCUCUUGCUGCUCGUCAAGCCUUCAUGCCAUGGCACACCUUCCUUGGUGUCUUCCUUUUUUGCUUUGCACUCGCCACCGCGUCACAAGGGGUACUAGAAAAGAUGACGUUCCGCUUCGCUGGGGGCCUUGACAAAAGGGGCCCAGAGGCUGUUGUUGCAAACCUGCUUGGCCUCAUGAUUUUCGCCUUCGGUGCUAUUGUCAUCUGGACGGCCACAUUGGUUGACAAGGCACGAGUUGAAGAGUACCGACCCUCCCCUCCCCACCUGCGCGUCGGCCCGCGUCGAACCCUGCGGAUCGUGCUGCGAAACCCCAUGUGCUCCCCGUUCACGCCCUUGCCACCAAUCACCCUCUCCUCUCUCAUCUCUCCUGGCCUUCGUGGCCCCCACCUGCCCCGCACCCGCGUCUCUCUGCACCCGCCGUCACCCUCGCUUUGUUCCCCCUCUGCCCCCGCUCUCCCCGACUCGUAUCGUCCCUCCCCUUCUCCCCCGUCUUUGGCCAUGCGGCAACCUACUCCUCCCGGCAGCAGUGGCGCGCGCAUGGGUGGGGAGGUGUGGGUGGUGGAGGUGGCAUCUGCGCGCGACGCGGAGAGGGAGGGCGAGAGGGAGAAGGCGAGGGAGGGCGAGAGGGAGAGGGAGGGGUGCAAGGACGCGCUGCUGAUGGCCAUCGCGGACGCGCGCCUGCACACCCACCCCGUCGCGCUGCUGCUCGUGCACGUCAUGACGCACGUGCGCUCCCAUGUGCAUGGCAUGGCAGAUGGUGAGGAGGUGGAUGUGCAAGAGGCGGAUGUGGCAGCAACGAGGGACAGUGUACAGCGCGUGCAGCAGCACGUGCUCAAGCCCCUCGUGCUCUUCGCCACACACAAGGAGGUGGCGGCAACGGGCCAUGUGGAGUGUGACAGCAGGCGGGAGAGAGGUCUCUGCACCGCUCCACAAACCUUUCCGCUUCCACCAUUCCCUCGCCUUCCCUCCCUCACACGCAUCUUGUCCCACGCCCCACCACCUAUCGGGUGCAGGAAGACGCAUGCACGGGGGCUGCCGUCAUCAUACCUGGUGGACUACUGCGAGGCCGUGCUGCCACCCACCACCACCAUCACACUCGUGCUCGCCUCGCACAAGGUCAAGCGCCUUCCAGGCCGCUGCUCCCUGCUCGACCCCCUCUCUGCGAACGCUGCAUCUCUUGCCAUUCCGUCGCCACCGCCGGUAACGGCUGGACCUGCAGUAGCAGCAUAUGGAUCACGACUGGCGGCUGCAGCAGGAGAAGCAGGCGUGGUGGGAAUAGCAGGAGUAGAAGGCAGUUUAGAAGGCAGUGCAGCAGGAGCAGGAGCAGUGGCAGCAGACGAGGCACGAGGGCUGGGCACCCCCGCAGCACCAGGAGCAGCGGUGGCAGCAGUGGUGGCGGCAGCAGCGGCAGCUCGGUUGCUCUCCCAGAGCAGGGCGCGCAGCAGCAGCAGCGCUGGCAGUGCCGCCACCAGCAGCAUGGGCAGUGGCAGUGGCGGCAGAAGCAGCAGCCCUGGUGUGAGCCAGGGCAGCAGCGGCAGUGGCGAGGGCAGCGGGGCGGCAAGGGAGGCAGGCAGCAGGAGAGCAAGUGCAGUGCAGCCGGUGGCAGCGCCUGGCAGGGCGUCGGGUGCCGGGCAGGUGAAGGGCGCGCCGGGCAAGGCGGGCAGCAAGAGCCGGUCGCCGCUGAGGCGAGUGGUGUCACUGGGCGUGGGGGAGAACGCCAAGCUGGGGCGCAGGGGCAAGGGCGCAGAGCAAGGGGGCAGAGAGGCAGGGGGAGGGGAUGGGAUCCCGGCUCUGAAGCACGCGUGGGAGACACAGAACGGCGCAGAGUGGGAGCAGAGCAGUGGCGCUGGCAAGGAGCCGCCUUUCCACCUGGACUCACGUGUGCACGCCCCAGCAGCAGCAGCAGCGCCCUCCCCCAGCACCUCCUCCCCCGCUCCCUCGCUCUUAGCCCCGUCAGGGUCCGCCAUGAGCUCGUUUCUGAACAAGGCGUGGAAGGAGGGCUUUCUCUGGCGCCUGCAGCAAUCCAACGCCCACACCCCUGCACCGCUCUCCAUCUCUUCGAACCACAGUGACAGCGAAGCGGACAGCGAUGGCGAGGGGGCGGCAGUGGUGGCCACGCCUGUCACCUCUGCCAACGCCCGCUCCCUCUUCUCCCCCUCCCCACGCCCCUCCCUCCAACCCCUUGCGCAAUCCCCCCGCGCUGCCUCUCAUGGUGCUGCUGCUGAUGCGCACAGCCCUCGCGCUGCUGGGGACGCCCAGCCACGCCGUGGUAUCGGCAAGGGGCAGGCGGACAGGGUGAGGCGCGCCCUUGCAGGCGCGGAGAGGGGCAGCGGUGAGGGGGAGGGGGAGGCGCCUCCUGGGAUGAGAAAAAGCCACUCAGAGAGCAGGGACUCGGGCAGUGGCGCGAGCGAGGGCGAGUGCAGUGGGGGCGAGGGGAGGGAGGUGAACAGCGAUGGCAACGAGGGGCAUGCGCGGCGGCACCGGCGCAGAGUGGUAGGUGGGCGCGGACUGGCUGCCUCUAGGUUCCGGCCUCAGGGCCGAGGGGGUGCGGAGGAGGGGGGGUGGGACGAGCGGCACAGGGCGGGCAGGGUGGAUGGGGAUGGGGGGUUGGGCAAGGGAAAGGCAAUGCAGGAGGAGGGGGGGUAUACGAGUGCGGGAGGGGGCGAGGAGGGGCGGCAAGGAGGGGGUGAGUAUGUGGACAAAGAGCGUGACAGGUGGCAUGGUGAUGGGUGUGAAGGGAUGGCGGACAUGGGGGAGGAGUGGGGGCAGCACGGUGAAGGGCGUGGUGGGGGGCGAAGGGAAUUGCGCAAGGCGAAAGCAGAGAGGGAGAGAGGGGAAAAGAAAGAGGCAAGAAAGGUGGGUGAGGGAAGGAUAUGGCGGCAUGGGAGCUUGGUGGCACAGGAAGGGGCGCGAGAUGCUGUGAGGGCGGUGAAUGCAGCGGUGGUGCUGGCGGGUGGUGAGCUGCAGUCGGGCACACAACAUGACUCCCCCCGGUGGCUGCUUCACGAGGAGGAGGAGAGAUCGAGAGGGGGGGCGGACGAGGGCGAGCAGCAAGGCACAUAUGCGUAUGGGGAGGCAGAGCGAGGUGAGGGAUCGGAGGAACGGAGCAAUGGGGCUGCUGUAGGCGAGACUGGCAGCAGCAGCAGCAGUGGAGUUAGCUGGCUGCGGCGCCGGCAGCAGCUGCGGCAGAAGCAGAGGAACAAGCAGAUGGAGAGAGCAGCGUGGCAGGAGUCAGGGCAGGCAUUGCGGCAUGGGGAGGAGGAAGCGGAGGCACAGGGGAGUAGUGGGGAGCAGGAGGGUGGGGGCAGCGAGGCGGAGGAAGGCGAGGGGCGGCUGGAGAAGGCGAGAGUGAUGCAGCGGCGGUUGGAGCAGGACAGGGCGUGGUCGCAGGUGCGGCACACAGUGCAGAGCGCAGCAGAGAAUGGUGUGCCCGCUCCCUUCCGAUUAGAGAUUGGGAGGUCCCUCUCUCCCUCCUCCACCUUUGCCAGACGCACUGCCUCACCAACCCCUCACCACCUCGCGCACGCGCACCACUUGCCAUCAUCUCCUUCUCAUUCUCACACCGAUGCUGCCUCCUCUCCUCCCACGAGUACCUCUCCCACCGCUGCUGUUGCCACUGCCAGCAGCGCUGUGCUCGCCGGCACGGUGGACGCCAGUGUGUCCACCAGCAGCACCAUGGCUGGCAGCGCCCAAGGCAGUGAGCGGCCAUCCAGGCACAAGGUAGGCCGCGCUGUGAGCAGCAGUAGUAGUCACGGGGGCAGCACAGUGACAACAAGCCCACGGGGCCUCUCUGCACCUUCUGCUGCACCCUCUGCGCCCCCCUCCGCUUCUGCCACCUCUGCUGCUGCCGCUGUUGCUGCUGCCACUAGCACGGGCGCUAAGCCAUCCCCUGGCGUGGCCUCCCCCCGUGCAGCUGCAACAGGGUCAUCAGGCAAGGGGCGCAGCAGCAGGGCGGGCAGUGGCAGCGCCAGUGGGCGCAGCAGCAACAGGAGUGCACGCGGCAGCAGCGGCAGCCUGAGUGGGUUGCUGUCACUACCCCGCACGUCCACGGCUGACAGCUCUGUGCUCACUGCCGCCACCUUCAUCAGCAGCAGCACCAGCGGCAGACUCUCCCUCGAUGCACAUGUGGUAUCCGCCCCUCCUCCUCUCGCUCCCUCUCCUGCUGCACACACUGCUGCGCCCGUCGUGGUACCUGCAUUUCCGGCUGCUACACCUGCUGACGACGAUGAUACCUCCCAUGUAGCGGCGGCUGAGCCCCCUUCCUCCGCAGCCACUGCCCUGCCGUCCCAUCGCAGCGUGGGCAAGGAGAAGAAGCGCGGCAUCAAGUUACCACGCUCCAAAACCGUGGAGGGCAGUGCCUUCUCUUCCUCCUCCUCCUCCUCCACCUCCACCUCCUCGUCCCUGCUGCCCCCCUCCCGCUCCUCCUCUACCUCUGUCUUCUCCCGUGCUGCCUCCUCCUCCGCCACCAUGGCCAAGUCCGCCUCCCUCUCCGCACACACCUCCCCCCCUUCCUCCCACGCACCCACCGGCACCUCCCCCACCUCAUGGCUCUCCUCGCUGCUGCCCCUCCGCCGCCACUCCUCCCGCUCCGACUUCCCCUCGCCGCCACACCCACCCGCCCAGCCUGCCACUGCUGUGGCUGCGCCGACCGAUGUUCCAGCAACAGGCCUCACUGCUGCUGAUGGCGCGGGCAGCACUGAUAGCCUCGACAAUAGCAGUGGCAAGCAGGACAGGACAGGUAGUUUCCGAGCAGGGGAGAACACAAGGGACAAGUUUUACAUCUCGAGGGCCACAUCAGGGGCAGGCAGUUUAGGGAGAAGGAGAGGCAGUGACAGUGGACGGGGCAGCAGGGGUGGCAGUGGGAGCAUGGUGGAGUUAUCAGAAGCGUGUGACUUGCUGGCAGAGCAGGCAGGGGCGCUGGCGCAGUGGGAGGAGGGCGCAGAGAGAGACGGGUCCUCGGGCGCGGCGUGCAUGCCGUCGCCCCUGCGCCACCCCGCGGUGCUCAAGCGCAACAACAGCAGCGGCAACAUCUUUGCCCGCAUGUGGCGCAGCGACAGCACCGGCAGCGCCACCCAGGGCACAGUGGAGAGCGGCGAGCAGGGCGGGCUGGCCGGGCAUGAGCGUGGUGGGGACGUGGAUGGGUCAGGCAGCGACGAGGGGGGUGUGGAGGGCGUUGAUGGGGGAGAAAGGGGAGAAGGGAGAGAAGAGUGUGUGGAACAAGGGAGGAGGAUGGAGGGUAGCGUGGGGGCAGGGGAUAAGGGCGAUGUGGGGAAUGAACAAGGGAAGACAGCUUCAUACAGCAGCGUAGCACAGGUUGGCAAGAGGGAGCAGGGGCGGGUAGGGGAGGGGCUGACAGGGCAUGGCAGUGCGAUGGAGCAGGAGAGGCAAGGGGUGGGGGGUGACGACGCACAGCAAGCUGCACUGCAAGGGCGAGCGGGGAGGAACGGAGCAGAGCAGGCGUUGCAAGGGGUGGAAGGGAAGGAGGAGGCGGCAGGGGAGACGGAGGAGUGGUGGCGGUACACUGACGACUUCAACAUGCCUCUGCCCGGUGACGACGAACCCUCGCCCACCUCCUCCUCCCUCCACGCACCGCGCCCCACCCUCGCCUCUUCCCCACGUUCCUCCUCCCUCCCUACGGCCUCUGAGCCUGCUUGCACUCCGGGCACACACGAAGCAGAUCGGGCAGAUUCAGCUGCCAGCGAAGCAACAGGGGCAGUGGCAGCAGCAGCGGCGAAAGUGAGGGCGGAGGCGGGAGCAAGGCAGGGUGAGGGGCGGGUGCAGCAGGACAGCAUAGAUGCGCUAAUAGCGUCGCUGCUGGCCAUCCCAGACGUGCAGGGCGCCAUGCGCAUUGGGGACUUGCAGGGGGCGCAGCAGGUGGACGUGCGUGCAGGGGACCCGCAGCCCUGGCAGCAGCAAGCUGCAGCCUCCCCGCAUCACCACGCCUUCCCCUCGCCACUCCCGUCCGCCCCCUCCUUUGCGCGCCCCUCGUCGCGGCCGCUCACACCGUCGUCAGUGCACCGGGUGGAGAGCCUUGACAGCAGCCUGCUGCGCGCCGCUGCCGCCGACUGGCGUGCCACACACGCUGCUACGCCAGGCUCCGCCACAGCCAGCCCCGUGUGGGCCGCGCCGCACACACCCGAGCGGAAAGGGGGUGCCGGUGCCAGUGGCGUUUGGGUGGGGGGCAGCGAGAGUACUGGUGGCGUGGGUGCAGGAAUGGGUGCGUCUGCGUUUGAGCGGCGCAGUGUGGAGAGGCAGCGGUCGGUGGAGGUGCGGUCGCUCAAGGAGGAGCUGGCGGCGUACGAGCAGUUUGAUGCCGUCUCUGACGUGUGGGAGGGCGUCAAGGCUGGCGGUGCACGCGCGGGUGAGAGGGUGGAGGGCGAUGGGGCGGGCGGUGGUGAGUACGACAUCUGGCAGUGUGUGGAUAACCUGGAAUCCUCCCACACCUCUGCUGCUUCUUCCGCUGCUGAUGCAUCGGUGGAUGCUGUCAGUGUUUCUGGAUCAGCAGCAGCUGUUGCGUCCCCCAUGUCAUCGCCCGGGCGAGUGCAUGGGAAGGCCGCCCUUGCUGCCUUGUCAGGGCCCUCAGCCCCUGCUGCUGACGGCAGUGGCGGCAGGAGUGGAGGGGACAGGGGUGGGGGCAGUGGCAGCAGCGGCGGCGGGGCGGGGCGUGUGAGUGGCAGCACGCUGCAGAGGUCGCGGCUGAGCAUGUCCAGUGGGCUGUCUGACGUGCCCUUUAGCGCCGAUGCAGGGCCGCUGAAUGCAGGUGGGGAAGGGGGAACGGAAUGGACGAGUGGAGAGGAGGAGAAGGGCACAGCUGAGCCGGUGAGCGAUCAGGCGGACAAGGCAGCAGCAGCGGUGGCGGCGUCUCGGGCAUCCCUAUCACCAGCGCUACUGUCGCUGCACCAGUUCCUGCAUCCCAAGAGCUCUCCCCGCACCUCCCCGUCCGCCUCUGCCUGCUCCUCCGCCGCUGCCUCCCCUGCCGCCUCCCCCUCGCGCCCACGCACGCCCUCGGUGCACCACGCGCACACGCGCUCUCUGUCCUUCUCGCGCAGCCUGCUGCGCCUGCCCACGCCGCGCUCCAUCUUCUCACCCUCGCGCACUGAAUCCGAGGCUACUGCUGUCGUGCCCGCUGCUGACCCACCUGGCAGGCGCCGCGCGAGCGAGGACAGCGCAUGCACACGUGCAGGGGAAGAGGGGGCGGCUGGUGUGUAUGGCAUGGGAAUGCAGAGUGGGGAGGGGUUAGAGCGGAGGGAUGGAGCAGGGGGUUCAUCGCGCUCACUUGCUGCUGCUUUGGCACGUGAGCGUGAGGAGGGUGUGGAGGGCUCGUCUGCUGUGGUGUCGCUGGGUGUGGUGAGGGGGAGGAAAGGAGUGGGGGCGAACGGGGAAGGAGGGAGUGGGAGUGAGGACGCAGGGGAUGGGGGUGAUUUGCUGGAGCCACCCACGCCCUCUGUGGGGUGGAUGCAGCAGCGGAUAGGUGCCCAGCACCACCCGUCUGGCAGUGGCAGGCAUGGCAGUGGGCGGAGGGAGAGGGCAGAGGAAGGGCCAGAGCAUUCGCAGCACAAGGUGCAGCACAUGGGACAGCAACCCCCCCACAUGGGUGGCGGGGAGUGGCAGGGGAUUCGAUCCAACAGCCAGAAUGCAGCUGAGAGCAGCGGAGGGGCCCCCACACUGGUUCUCCCCAUGCAUUCCGCCAAGUUGCUGCGGCCUGCCAUGGGCAACUCACCUGCUGCGUCCCCUUCGCACCGCCUGCUGUCCCAUGGGUCCCUGCCCUGCGCCUCUGUAGCCGCUGCCAUCUCUGCUGCCGCCUCCCUCACCGCAUCCAACCCCUCCUCCUGCUCCACCUCCCCUCCUGCCGCCUCUGCCUCGUCUCCGCUGCAAGCAUCCGUACCUCGCUCUGCUGCACCCGCACUAGCGCUCACCAGGCCUGCCACGCCAGCUGGUAAUCGGGUUCUGCCUGCUGAUUCUGCUGCGGCUUCUGCUAUCCCCGGCUUGGCUGUGGCUGGCAGCAAGGCAGAGUCAGUGAAUGGGAUCCAUGACCCGUUCUCCAGAAGCAACACAUGUGCAAGUGAGCAGGGGGGGGCAGAGAGCAAGAGCUGGCAGGGCAUAGCAGCCUAUGAGGCGAGCGUCACAAGCACAAGCGCUCCCAAGUCAGCCAGCAUCCCCAACCCUCUCAUCUAUAGCAUCGCCAGCACCAACCACAGCAGCAGUGGAGGUGGAAUCACAGGGGAGGGUGAUUGCCGCACCUUCUCUUCCUCUCAGCUGCUGGCGGCCACUGAUGGUUAUUCCCCCGCCAAUCUCUUAGGUCAGGGCGCCUUUGGUCAGGUCUUUCGGGGCACCCUUCUUGGCUGCCAGGUGGCUAUAAAGCGCCUGUCAGGCGCCAGCUGGCAGGGCCCUCAGGAGUUUCAAACAGAGGUGGCGGUGCUGACGCGCAUGCGGCAUCCCCACAUUCUCCUUCUCAUGGGGUGCUGUCCCGAGGAGCAGUGCUUGGUGUACGAGCUUCUGCCGGGAGGGUCCCUGCAGAGCCUGUUGAACCGUGGGGCACGCAUUCGCAAGAAGCGUGCGUCGGCGGCUGCGAAAGCAGCCAUUCAGAGCGCCAAAGCUGCUGCCCAGAGACAUGGCAUGUGGGGCGAUGACACUUGUGCACCUGGUAGUGCAGGGAAGGGGCUAGGAGGAGGUGGGGGACUAAGAGGAGGGGAAGAGGCUGACAAGUGGGAGAAGCAAGCAGCGAGCUGGCAUCGGUUGCAUGGUGAGGGAGCAGACAUGGGUGGCGGGGACAUGGACAGGGAUUCGGGGAUGGGGGAUGGUGGCAGUAGCGACUCUCAAGGGAGCGACAGUGACGAGGAUGAGGAAGAGAGUGUGACUGAGAGGGUUGCUCCUGAGGAUGAGAGGCAGCGGCAGUUGAGGAAGAAGCAGCAGCAGAGGCGGAGGCAACGCCGGAGCCUAGAGGUAGACAGAAACCAGCAGCAGGGCCACCAGCGGACUCUAACACCUCCCCACCUUCCUUUUCCUGCUUCAAACUCAUCCACAACUUCUAGUUCCACUGGCCAGCCAACGUGCCCGAUUCCUUGGUCUGACAGACUGCGCAUUGCAGCAGAAGUGGCGUCGGCACUGGCAUACCUGCACCUGCACGAUCCCCCCAUUGUCCAUCGUGAUUUCAAGCCGGACAAUAUUCUUCUGGAUGCAAACCUCGGUGCUCGUGUGGGUGACGUCGGAUUGGCACGUCUGUUGGAAGGUGAGGGUGCAACGACAACGCGGGUGCAAGGCACAACAGGAUACAUAGAUCCGGAGGAGCUUGAAACCUGUGAGAUUUCUGUUUCUGCAGAUGUCUACGCAUUUGGGCUGGUGAUGGUGCAGCUGUUGACAGGAAUACCUGAUGUCCGGAGGGUCCACAAGCUGCUUGCUGAAUGCUGGGCUGGCACAGAUGGUGAUAUAUUAUUGGCAGUAGCAGCACUUUCUCGCCAUUUGGAUGAUUCAGGAGGAACUUGGCCGAGGUCACUUGUGGAGGAGGUCCUAGUUCUGGCUCUUGAGUGUGCUGACCGGCGGAGGUCCUUGCGCCCGGACCUUGUUGAGGAGGUCUUACCUGCUGUCAUCCGGGCAGCAAGGGAAGCGGCAGCGGAAAUGCAAAGAAGGCGGCGAAUUGCACGCCUGCAAUUCUUGUGCCCGAUAUCCAAGACCACCAUGUCUGAUCCUGUGGUUGCAGCAGACGGGUUCACUUACGAUCGGAGCAGCUUGGAGCAUUGGCUGACUAGUUCUCGUCUUUCACCAGUAACAGGGGCACCAUUGGAUGACACCAGGCUCGUUCCUAAUCAUACUCUCAAAAUGCUGAUAGAAACUCUUCAGUAA